CGAAUUGUAUUUUUGUUCCUGUGUCAAAAAGACUGCUAGCUUGAUAACAGGCUACAGGAGCCGUCGGUGGCAGUUAGCUAUCGAGCAGACCGACUUUAUCAGAUGAAACUGACAACGCAUUGGACUUUAAAACCUUUAAACGGCACGUUUCAUCUGAGGACCACAUCGGAUAGCAGUUUCACAAGGGAAAGCUCUGGAGAAUAGCUAGAUAGCUACAUUGCUCACCAAGCCCACCGCUAGCUUAGCCUUGUUUGGUAGCAACACUAGCAAGUCGACCGACACUACAGUGAGAAAUUGGGUUUGAUCAUUUGUAAAUUCUUUAAACGUCUUAAUAUAUCUUGCAGUCUUGAUUGAUUGCAACUUCGGUGGUGUCCGUCGGUCUCGUUGUGGAUCACCGGAUCGGUUGGGUAGCACUUAGCCAAGUUUUCUCAUUUGAGACAAAUUUGCUGGCUAUUAGAAAACCCCACACAGCUGGAAAUGAAUUCAAACGUGGAGAACUUGCCUCCUCAAGUGUUGAGACUCGUCUAUAAAGAGGUUUCCGCCUUGGCAGCAGACCCUCCGGAGGGGAUCAAAAUCUACCCCAGUGAAGAGGACAUCACAGAGCUGCACACUGCCAUUGAGGGCCCAGAAGGAACUCCGUAUGCAGGAGGGGUGUUCCGGAUGCGAUUGGUGCUCGGAAAGGAUUUUCCUGCUGCUCCUCCCAGAGGCUAUUUCCUCACGAAGAUUUUCCAUCCUAAUGUUGGGCACAAGGGUGAGAUCUGUGUCAAUGUACUGAAAAGAGACUGGAAGGCAGAGCUGGGCCUGAGACAUGUAUUGCUAACCAUCAAGUGCCUUCUGAUCCAUCCUAACCCAGAGUCGGCUCUGAACGAAGAGGCUGGGAGGUUACUUUUGGAGGACUAUAAGGAGUAUGCAUCCCGUGCUCACCUUCUAACAGAGAUCCAUGCUAUGGGAGGCACGUCAGGAGCCCUUCAAGAGCCCGCUGAUGGACCCCAACCCAAGAAGCAUGCAGGAGACCCAAACAAACGUGUAGCCGGGCCUGGUUUGGCAACAAAUGGUGUAACCAACAAUUUAAGUAACAGCAGCUCCAGCGGCACAAGCAGUAGCAAUACUAAUAUAGUUGCAAAGAAGAAAACGGAUAAAAAACGAGCUUUGAGGAGGCUAUAAAAGAGAAUGAAUCUGUGUUUUUUGUGUACAUAUAAAUAUUGAUGUGUGCAGGCCACCUUUUCUCCUCCUCAAACUGUCUUUCCAUUUUUAGGAUGGCACAUUCAUUUUGUCAUGCUCCUACCAGAUCACUCCUCUCAUUUUUGUUCCCUUGUCUCUUUCAACUUAUUCUCAGGACUCGAACUCUCCUUGUGACAAUUCUCUGUUUCGUUCACAAAAGGGGUUUUCAUCUGUUUCAGAAGGUUUACAAUUGUUUAGAGUAUGAAAACAGCAGUAAAACUUUUGACAAAGUUCA